AUGAAAUUCUUGCUCCUGACCCUUACUGUAUUUUUGAUCCUGUUCCAGAUGUUGCCAGUCUGCAGGGGCCGAAAAUCUUGCUGGAUCAUGAAAGGACACUGCAGAAAAGAAUGCAAGUCUGGUGAACAGAUUAAAAAGCCAUGUAGAAACGGUGACUAUUGCUGUAUUCCAAACAAGACAGAUUCUCAACCUCAUAGGCCAAUCCAAGCACCUACCAGGAAAUCUCAAACUUUUAAUAAUAAUUUGAAAGAAAAUGCCCUUUUGGAGAAUGUACCAGUAGUCAUUUAA